CAGUGUUGCAUCAGACAGCGACUGAGACGGUUUACGUGUGAUCUUUUUUACCCGCCAAGUUUUAAAAAAAAAUGUGUGGAAUUUUUGCUGUUUUCUCGAGAUCUUCCGGGACUCUCACAAUUCCCCGAAGUCCUUCUGGACGCAAGGAAUCUCUUCGGGAAUUUGUCUAUCGACAAUCCGGAUGCCAACGACAUCGAGGACCUGACCAUACAGGAGUUGUUUUAGUGCCAGAACACGGAGUGGCAAUUGUGCAGGAGCGCUUGGCUCUGCUGGGAAUUCGGACAGGAGCUCAACCCAUGACAUCUGCUUCAGGAGACGUAAUUUUGGCUGCAAAUGGAGAAAUCUACAACUACCUGGAGAUUGCUGCAGACAUCUCCAGGCGCAGAGGAAUCAGCUACAUUCCCAGGAGUGAUUCGGAUGUGAUCAUUGGACUCUAUGAGGAAUUUGGGCGGGAUCUUAUGCAUCACAUCACAGGAAUGUAUGCAUUUGUUCUGUAUGAUCGGGCUAGGAAAAGUGUCUUGAUAGCACGAGAUCCCAUUGGGAUAAUCCCAUUGUAUCUGGGAGAGGAUCAUGAGGGAAAUCUCUGGGUGUCCAGUGAAAUGAAGUGUUUGGUGGGAGUUUGCAGUGAUGUAAAAGCAUUCCCUCCUGGAACUCUGUGUUGGGGAUCACCAGAUCGUUUGAUUUUUGAAUCAUUCUUCAACCCAAAGUGGAUGAGUACAAUUCCUACGCAUCAAUCUAACUUGACCCUACUCCGGAAGAAGCUGGAAAAUGCUGUGAGAUCGCAUCUUCAGUGUGAUGUUCCUUUUGGAGCCCUACUAUCGGGAGGAGUGGACUCUAGCCUGAUUGCCUCAAUUGCCACGAAGAUCAUGAGAGAAAGGGAUCCGAGCUUCCGCCUCAAAACCUACAGCGUCGGUCUCAAGGGAGCUCCAGACUUCAAGUACAGCCGAAUGGUGGCAGAUUUCAUAGGAAGCGAUCACACAGAAGUCUACUUCACGAUUGAGGAAGGACUGGACUGCAUCCCGGACAUUAUAAAACAUCUGGAAUCUUAUGAUAUCACGACCAUUCGCGCCAGUAUUCCCAUGUAUCUCCUGUCGCGAUUUAUCAAGAGUGAAGGCCUAAAAAUGGUUCUUUCCGGCGAAGGAGCUGAUGAGAUCUUCGGCGGAUACCUCUACUUCCAUCGUGCUCCAAGCCCCAGGGAUUUUCACGAGGAAACAGUGACUAGAGUGAAGUGCCUUCACCUUGCCGACUGCCUCAGAGCCAAUAAAUCCACAAUGGCAUGGGGCUUGGAACUGAGAGUUCCCUUUCUAGACACAGAAUUCGUCAACUACGCCAUGAACAUUCGCCCAGAAGAUCGAAUGCCCUCAGCAACAGAUCAGACAAUCUCUCAGAAAACCCAUGACAGAGAAGAACUCAGAAAACGUGUGGAGAACCCAAAGAUUGAAAAGUACAUCCUAAGAGCAGCCUUCAGAGACAAUUACCUGCCCCACGAAGUCCUCUGGCGACAGAAGGAACAAUUCUCAGAUGGAGUUGGCUAUCAAUGGAUAGACACAAUAAAAUCAUACUCAGCAGCUCACGUAGAAAAUACUGAUCUCGAAAAAGCCCAAGAAAUCUUCCCCAUCAAUACACCAGCCACAAAAGAAGCUUUCUUUUAUCGCCAAAUCUUUCAGGAAAUCUUUCCCACCGAAACAUUCUCAUCAACUGUUAUGAAGUGGAUCCCACGGACAGACUGGGGCUGUUCACCUGAUCCCUCCGGACGUGCCCAGGCAGUCCAUAUUGCUCAUGCAUAAAUCAUCCAAUGCCCCAAAAACUCUCUUUCUCUAUUGUUAUCAUUCAACAUUUCCAUCCCAAUUUCAAAUAAAGAGAUUAGAAGAACUGACCUCA